UGAAAGUUUGACGCGGCGCUUUUCGUCUGCGGAUGUAAACAACUUAAAUCGGCAUCACGCAGUGAGACCUCGGUGGUGUACCGUACUUUGAGUUUAUUUCCUGCGGAUCGAAACAUUUCGUCAGGUGGUGGGUGAGUUCAUGGUAUGGACUGGGAGCUGGUGCUGGCAUGGGCAGCAACGUUAUCAUCCAUAGCUUGUCAGCUGGUUGGGAUAGAAAUAUGUCUGCGUAUCGUGAGGAAGGGCGGGACAGGUGACACAUCUCCUGUUCCGUUCUUUGCCUUCUUUAUCAGUGCGUGUAUCUGGCUCAAGUACAGCAUCAUGCGCAGCAUCUACUCCAUGAUAAUGUCCAACACACUCGGGGCCAUACUGCAGUUCCUCUACAUCUGCAUCUUCUACAUCUACACAGUCAAGAGGAACCAAAUGCACAGACUCAUCAGCUUUAGCGUCUUCCUGCUUUUUGGACCACUCAUCUACAUCCGAUACUACCAACCCAAUGAUGUCAUUGCGGCAGGCCAACUCGGAUUGUAUGGAUGUUGCUUAACAGUUGUAUGUUAUGCGUCACCCUUGGCAACAGUGGCACAAGUUGUAAGAAGCAAAAGUUGUGAUUCCAUAUCUGCACCGCUGUGUGUGCUGAACUUUGUGGCGGCAGUGGGCUGGUACUUGUACGGUCGUAUCAUCAGUGACCUCUAUGUCUCAUAUCCAAACGUGAUGGGGAUUGUUCUUGGAUGUUUGCAGUUCGCACUGUUCUGUGCCUACCCAUCCAGAAGCAGUAGCUCCAAGACCAGUUCUCUAGAUGUGUGACAGUAGUCGAGUGAUACUCGAGACAACUCACACAUGACAUUGGUGCUGUUGUACAAUGCCAUCUUAGUGCUAAAGUGAUUACCUUAAUAAGGACUUACGACAGUCUUAGCGCUAAGGUCAUUUUGAACAACAGCAUCCUGUGUACUUUCCUGAGCCCUGUUCCACGUGGCAGUCUUAGCUAUUGGUAUGCUGAGUUUAAAGUUUAGAGUUCAGCCAGAUAGUCUGCUAAUCUGCUACGCGGGACUACUACAUACUGGUGAGGACAAGCAGAAAUCCAAUGAUGGUAAUCCUUGAUCGGUAGCAGGGUGUUGGGGUAGCCUAGUGGUUAAGGCGUUCGCUCGUCAAGCUGAAGACCUGAGUUCGAUGCCCCACAUGGGUACAAUGAAGACUGACAAAAAAUGUAAACAUAGUAAGAAUUUCUAACUCAUUCAAGCAUGAGUUGCUGAGACAGUGAAAUAAAGUUGACAGUCCUUCGGACUAAUCUAGAGACAGAUUAGUAAAGUUGCAGUACCAGGAUUGGUUCGUGGAACGGGGGUUCUGGAAUACAUCAGAAAUUAUGCGAAUUAAAUGUUUCUGCUAUUAGCACAAAUAUGUUGGACAUAUUGUCCUGACCAAAUCUUGGAGUGUAAGUAAUGAUUGUCAUAUUGUUUGGAUCAGCUUUAGGGAACUGCAGCAAUUCCAUUCCUUUGUAUCCUUCUACUACUGGUGCAAUAUUGUAAGUCCUGACAUUGUGUACUCUUUUAAUUUGUUCAGUAUUGGCAGCACAUGCUCAUCAUGAAGAUGUAUUCUCAGUGAGACGUCUCAAUAUAUUGCAGAAGUAUGUUUGACUAGUAGUGUUUGGAGCAUGACAUUUGCCAAAUUGUUUUGAUGUAGCUUUUAUAGGUUUGUCUUGAAAAUACACAAAACACAGAAUAUUGUUUAUGAAAUAGAAGUUAGAUAGAUUCUUUUGAGUGUUGCAGGAAUAUUCUGUUAAGUGAAGACACUUUUGCAUUGUUAGUUUAAUUGUUAACUGGAAACAUUUCAAGAUCUUCUUGUCAAUACUCAGUGUGGUUCAUGUACAGAGAUACUGAAGAACCAGUUGAGAUUUGUGCCAUAUUUAUUGAUAAUAUUGUGUAAUUUUAUCAAGUGUUGAUAUUAGUAGUGUUCCCCAAAUACUCUUUAAAGAGAGGCUAUUUAUCUGUUGUCUAGAUUGAGACAUGUUACAUGUUACAGGCCUACCAAAGAAAACUUUCCCGCUGUGCAGAAAAACGCAGAAAAGCCCACAUUAAUCGUGGAAAUAGUAACAUAAACACAUUACCUCACUACUGAAACAGUAAAAACGGCAACGAAAAACUAUGAAACUGCAACAUUUUAUAUCAGCGAACUUUGACCUCUACUGUGCAUGCAAAUUACAAUCUGGCUUCUUUCC